CACACGUGGGGUGGGCUUUGGGGUGCGCCUCUCCCGCGGCCGCCAGGUGUAACCCUUGCAGGACCCCGCGCCAUGGGGAAACUGCGCCGGCGCUACAACGUCAAGGGGCGCCAGCAGGCGACCCCCGGCCCCUCGAAGGGCCCCCCGGAGCCGCCCCGCGUCGUGCUGGAACUAGAGGAUCAGGGCACGCUGAAAGGAGUUGAUGCAAGCAAUGCGCUCGUUUUGCCGGGAAAGAAGAAAAAGAAGCCCAAAGCCCCUCCCCUGGCGAAGAAGGAGAAGAAGCCCCUGACCAAGAAAGAACGGAAAAUGCUGCAGAAAAUCUUAGAUCAGAAGGAGAAGAAGAGCCAGCGAGCGGAGAUGCUGCAGAAACUGAGCGAAGUCCAGGUUUCAGAAGCCGAGCUGAGACUCCUGUACACCACGUCCAAGCUGGGCACCGGGGACCGCAUGUACCGCGCCAGAGAGAGGCCUGACAAGAUCGAAGCCCAGGGGCAGAGGAUCAGCAGCCUCAGCGGGGCCGGCCGGAAGCGCUCCCACGAGGAGACAGAAGACGAGUCGUCCGCGUCCUCCGUGGAGUCUGAGCCCGCCGAGGCCCCUGCCGUGGAGCCGCUGGAGGAGGCUGGUGCCGGGAGGCCACCAGCUCCGCCGGGACAGGGGGCCGGCAGCCAGCCGUCUCUGGCCACAACUGCUUCGGUCCCUCCGGCAGCAGCCUCCGCCGUGGCCAGGCCCCCAGCAAAGCCGGCCGUCUUCAUCCCUGUGAACCGCUCCCCCGAAGUGCAGGAAGAACGGCUGAAGCUCCCGAUCCUUGCCGAAGAGCAAGCGAUCAUGGAGGCAGUGGCCGAGCACCCCAUCGUCAUCGUGUGCGGUGAGACCGGCAGCGGGAAGACCACGCAGGUGCCACAGUUUCUCUACGAAGCAGGCUACGCCAGUGACAACAGCAUCAUCGGCAUCACGGAGCCCCGCAGAGUGGCUGCUGUGGCCAUGUCCCAGCGAGUGGCCAAGGAGAUGAAUCUGUCACAGCGGGUCGUCUCCUAUCAGAUCCGAUACGAAGGGAACGUGACGGAAGAGACCAGGAUCAAGUUCAUGACAGAUGGCGUGUUGCUCAAGGAAAUCCAGAAGGACUUCCUGCUGCUGAGGUACAAGGUGGUGCUCAUCGACGAAGCCCACGAGAGGAGCGUGUACACGGACAUCCUGAUCGGCCUCCUGUCCCGCAUCGUGUCUCUCCGGGCGAAGAGGCACCUGCCGCUGAAGCUGGUCAUCAUGUCGGCCACGCUGCGGGUGGAGGACUUCACACAGAACCAGCGGCUCUUCGCCCAGCCGCCUCCGGUCGUCAAGGUGGAGUCCAGGCAGUUCCCAGUGACGGUGCAUUUCAACAAGCGGACGCCGCUGGAAGACUACAGUGGCGAGUGCUUCCGGAAGGUCUGCAAGAUCCACCGUAUGCUGCCGCCAGGCGGCAUCCUGGUGUUCCUGACGGGGCAGGCAGAGGUGCACGCGCUGUGCCGCAGGCUGAGGAGAGCCUUCCCACACGCCAGACGCGGGCCACCAGAAAAGGAAGAUGAAGAAGAUUCAGUAGAGGCAACGCGGAAAUUUAAGAAGUCAAGGACGAGGGCAAAGAAGGCCCAGGCAGCGACGUUGCCCCAGAUCAGCCUGGACAGCUACUCGGUGUUGCCGGCAGGCGAAGGCGAUGAGGACCGGGAGGCAGAAAUGGACGAGGAUGAGGCGGCGGCCGCCCUGGGCUCCGACCUUGACCUGGACCCGGGGGACGACGGGGCAGACGGAGGUGUGCAACCGGACGCGUCGCUGCCCCUGCACGUGCUCCCGCUCUACUCCCUGCUGGCCCCGGAGAAGCAGGCGCAGGUCUUCCAGCCUCCCCCGGAGGGGACACGGCUGUGCGUUGUGGCCACCAACGUGGCCGAGACGUCCCUCACCAUCCCGGGCAUCAAGUACGUGGUGGACUGUGGGAAGGUGAAGAGGAGGCACUACGACCGUGUCACCGGCGUGUCCUCCUUCCGAGUCACCUGGGUGUCCCAGGCCUCAGCCGACCAGCGGGCGGGCCGGGCAGGCCGGACAGAGCCAGGCCACUGCUACAGGCUCUAUUCGUCUGCGGUUUUCGGUGACUUUGAGCAGUUUCCUCCUCCUGAAAUCACCCGGAGGCCAGUUGAAGACUUGAUUCUGCAGAUGAAAGCACUCAACAUCGAAAAGGUCAUCAACUUCCCCUUUCCGACCCCUCCCUCCGUGGAGGCCCUCGUUGCCGCUGAGGAGCUGUUGGUGGCGCUGGGUGCCCUGCAGGCGCCCCAGAAGACAGAAAUGGUGAAGGAGCUGCAGAGGUCGCGGCUGAGCUGCCCCAUCACCGCGCUGGGCAGGACCAUGGCCGCGUUCCCCGUGGCGCCCCGCUACGCCAAGAUGCUGGCGCUGAGCAGACAACACGGCUGCCUGCCCUACGCCAUCACCGUCGUGGCUGCCAUGACGGUCCGGGAGCUGUUCGAGGAGCUGGACAGACCGGCCGCCAGUGACGAGGAGCUCACCAGGCUGAAGGCCAAGCGGGCCCGGGUGGCCCAGAUGAAGAGGCUCUGGGCUGGGCAAGGCGCCUCUCUCCAGCUUGGGGACGUCAUGGUGCUGCUGGGGGCGGUGGGCGCCUGUGAGUACUCUGGCUGCUCGCCCCAGUUCUGCGAGGCCAACGGGCUUCGGUACAAGGCCAUGAUGGAGAUCCGGCGCCUGCGGGGCCAGCUGACCACUGCAGUCAAUACCGUGUGCCCUGAGGCCGGGCUUUUCGUGGACCCCAAGAUGCAGCCGCCUUCUGAGAGCCAGGUGACCUGCCUGCGGCAGAUCGUGGUGGCCGGCCUGGGCGACCACCUGGCCCGCAGGGUCCAGAGCGAGGACCUGCCUGACAACAAGUGGAAGAACGCCUACAAGACCCCUCUCCUCGAUGAGCCCGUCUUCAUCCACCCCAGCUCCAUCCUCUUCAGAGAGCUCCCGGAAUUUGUGAUCUACCAGGAGAUCGUGGAGACCACCAAGAUGUACAUGAAAGGCGUGUCGGCCGUGGAGGUCCAGUGGAUCCCAGCCCUGCUGCCUUCCUACUGCCAGUUCGACAAGCCCCUCGAGGAGCCGCCCCCCACCUACUGCCCGGAGAAGGGGCGGGUGCUGUGUCACCGGGCCAGCGUGUUCUAUCGCGUUGGCUGGCCACUCCCCGCGGUGCAGGUGGAUUUUCCGGAGGGCCUUGACUGCUACAAGCACUUUGCCCGGUUUCUGCUGGAAGGGCAGGUCUUCCCCAGGCUGGCCUCACACCGGGGCUGUUUGCUGUCCAGCCCUGGCACAAUGCUGAAGACGUGGGCCAGGCUGCAGCCCCGGACAGAGAGCCUCCUGAGAGCCCUGGCUGCGGAGCAGGCCAGCUGCCGAGACGCCGUGCUGGCGGCCUGGAAGAGAAACCCCAGAUACCUGCUGACCGAGUACUGCCAGUGGCUCCCGCAGGCCAUGCACGCCGACGUCGAGAAGGCCUGGCCCCCCACCUCCGACCCCUGACCUGAGGCCGGACUGCGAGGCCAAGGACUUGUCUGGAGACCGAGGAGGCCGGCAGGGGUCACCCUGGAGGCGGCCAAGCCCCCAGAGACGUCCGCUCAUCCUGGACGCGGACUGUCUGCACACGGCUUGCCGCUGCCCUGGGCAGUCUGGGCCGGGGGGCUUCUCAGGACUAUUUAUUGUGUGGGGCGCAAUGGUGUCCUCUCGCUCGCUGCCCUGUGGACUGCACUGGUCCCCUGGAGGGCGGUGGCGGCGGUGGGGUGCGGGAGGGUGCGCGUGGCCCUCCCUCCGCCACCCCUGCCCUGCGGGCCGGGUGCCCCCUGGCCGAGCGUGCCGCCGUAAUAAACCUUCACCGGCAGAACCA